AUGAGUGAUUCAGAAGUUCAAUUAUAUUCCUCAAGAACAACGAAGAAACCAGAUAGCCAAAAAUCUUAUCAUGGUAGAGAUCCCAAUCAUGGAAGUGACUUUUGGACAGAUGGGCUUAUUUGUGCUUUUGAAUAUGUUCGAGGACAAAACAGAUCAGCUAAAUCGAGGUCCUCAUCAAAGGCCACGGAUAGACUACACGUUAAUGGGCAACAACAGUUAAAAAAGCAUGCCCCUUCUGAUGGUUUAAAGGAGGUUUCUUCUGUGAGACCGGAUAAAAACAAGCUGUCAGAUCCUUCAUCUAUUAAUGAUGGUGGUCAUUGGGUACCCAUUGGAUGGGCAAGAAUUUCAGAACUUGUCCAAACCGUUCAGGUCGAUGCUGUCUGGUCUUCUCAUCAAUUUGAGUUUGAGGAUUCUGAAGAUGAUUUUACUGUAGCAGAUUUGGCAGCUCCCUAUUGGGAGCGUCCAGCUGGGCCUAUUUGGUGGUGCCAUGUUUCUGCUUGUCACCCCACUGUUGAAACUUGGCUCAACAAUGCUCAAUGGCUACAUCCUGCUGUUAGUCUAGCUUUGAGAGACGAAAGUAGACUUAUAAGUGACCGGAUGAAACACCUUUUGUAUGAGGUCCCAGUCAGAGUUGCGGGAGGGCUGUUAUUUGAGCUCUUGGGACAAUCAGUUGGUGAUCCUCUUGUUGAAGAAGAUGACAUUCCAAUUGUUCUUAGGUCUUGGCAAGCACAAAACUUCCUUGUAACUGUAAUGCAUGUAAAAGGAUCCGUGUCCAGGAUAAAUGCUCUGGGUAUAACAGAAGUUCAGGUUGUUCUUGCUCCCUGGCCUCUUUUUACACAUUAA